AACGGACGGACGGCGUGUUCAUGCUCCAGAGCGAUGGACGCGCACUGGCAUGCGCGCUCCCCGGCGGUCGGUAUAAAACUGAAGCGCCAGGUUCUCUCAAAGCUCUACGCGAGAAAGGCGAUUGGCGCGUUACUACUCACGAGCUCUAAAGUCCAAAUCUAUAGAAGCAAAGAUGUACAGAACUACAAGAUCCCCAAUGAUGCAGCCCCUGGUCAACUCCGGAAUGGGCAUGGCUCCUUUCUUCAAGGUGACUGUGUUCGAGCAGGAGCAUUUCCAGGGCAAGUGCCUGGAGUUCACCUCUGAGUGCUGCAACAUCCAGGAGUGCGGACUGGACAACAUCCGCUCCAUCAGGGUGGAGAGCGGAGCCUGGGUUGGUUUCGAGCACCAUGACUUCCAGGGCCAGCAGUUCAUCUUGGAGAGAGGAGAGUACCCCCACUGGGACGCCUACAGUGGAUCCCUCUCCUACCACGUGGAGCGCCUCAUGUCUCUGCGCCCCAUUUACUGCGCUUCCCACCAGAGCAGUCGCAUGGUCAUCUUUGAGAAGGAGAACUUCAUGGGCCGCAGUGUGGAGAUCUGUGACGACUACCCCUCUCUGCAGGCCAUGGGCUGGAUUAUGCCUGAAGUUGGCUCCAUGCACGUGCAGUGCGGCGCCUUUGUGUGCUACCAGUUCCCUGGCUACAGGGGCCAGCAGUACAUCAUGGAGUGUGAGAGACAUAGCGGAGACUACCAGCACUGGAGGAACUGGGGCUCCCACUGUCAGACCCCCCAGAUCCAGUCCAUCAGGCGCAUCCAGCACUAAGAGGAAGACAGGCUGAGACCCCGGCUCACGGAAAGCACCUUCCCUUUGACUCCCCCCUAGGCUUUUACCCAUAACCCCCCCCGCUCUUUCUUUCUGUCUCUCUUCAACCCUUUCCUUCCUCUUGACCUGAGCCACAACAUCCGCCCCAAACCCAAGUCAAUACCACUACUGAUUUACAGCCGCGGCCAAAGUGUGAUAAAAGACAAUAUCGCACUGUUUAAGCACAGGGAAACACAUGCUCCACACACUCACACUCACAAACAUGCUGAUAUAUCUGACACUCACCGUGUCUUUUUACUUGGUUCAGAGGUCCCUAUACAGUCACACACACACACACACAUGCACACACCUGCGCUGUACUCUUACCUGAGUCAGGCGGUCGAUAGAGCAUUUUCCUCAGCAUGCUGGAACCAGACAGAGGGGAGAGGAACGCUCCUCACCUCGGUGCAGCAGACUGCACUGGGGUGCAGCUCAGAUGUGUUGUGUUGUUGUGUGUAGGAGGUUGAUCUACAGGUUGAUAAACUAAUAAACUCAUUUUCACUUCA